AAAGGAGUAUGUAUGCUAGGGCUAAAGCUAACUUUAAAUAAUGUGUUUGGACACUACAUUCUGUGUUAGAGACACGUGUUACAAAGAAAUAGGCUACACGUGAAAUGCUCAGCGGAAUUCCCAGAUGUGACACGGUGUAUGGCAGCUUUCAAUCAGCGUAGAAGAAUCAGGAAAUUCAAGAAAAGUUUCAUCCUUCCCCCCUCUACUCCUCCUCCUCCUCCUCCUCCUCCUGCUGCUGCUGUGGACUGUGGUCGAUCAUUUAAAGGAAUUAGAUAAAGGCAGAGGACAGGAUCGAUCACAUGAUGGCUCACCUGCACAGGCUGCUCGGAUCUAUAAUUCAGUGAGUCUCAGACAGACUGUGAGACAUGGAGACCGGAGGCUGCCAGGACUGGAUGUCUGCUCUGCCGGAGGAGCUGUGGGACAUUCCUCUGAAUAACCUGGCCAUACCUGGGAGCCAUGAUGCCAUGAGUUACUGUCUGGACAUAAACUCCCCCUUGAUCCCGUCUGAAUCAGACUCUUUCAGGCUCUUGGAUGGACUUUUCUACUGCUUUACCAGACCUGCCAUUUUUAAAUGGGCUACAACACAGGAUAAAAGCAUUGAGGAACAACUUCAAAUGGGGAUUCGCUACUUUGAUCUCCGCAUUGCACACAAACCCAAAGACUUAUCCAGCGACCUGUACUUCACACACGUCAUAUACACACAUUUAACAGUUUUGGAAACACUAUCGUCUGUUGCCACCUGGCUGGAGUCUCACCCAAAGGAGAUUGUUAUUCUUGCUUGCAGCCAUUUUGAAGGGAUGGAUGACAGCCUCCAUCUCUUGUUUAUUUUCUCCCUGAAGAAGCUGUUUGGAUCCAAACUCUGCCCUCAGACGGAACCAGUGCUGAGCUUGCGGAGCCUGUGGGCAUCUGGUUACCAGGUCAUCCUGUCCUACGACUCCCAGAUUGCAGCGAAGCAUCAGGAGCUGUGGCCUGAUAUCCCCUACUGGUGGGCCAACAAGCGCACAGCACAAGAAGCGAUCACUUACCUGAACAGGAAAAAAGCCCUGGGACGUCCAGAGGGCUUCUUCGUCGCUGGCCUGAACCUGACAGCUGACAGAUAUUUCAUCACAGAGAACCCGAAGCAGUCUCUGCGCACGCUGACCUUCAGUAACUGGGAGUGUUUGAGGGAAUGGGUGGAGAGGCAGACACCAGGGUCAGGCCCCCAGUGCCUCAACAUCAUCGCAGGAGACUUUGUGGGUCCACUUCCACUCUGCUCUCUGAUUAUUGCACUGAACCAAAAACUUCUACAGAAAAAUGCCAUCAGAUAAAAACAAAACA